AGUGAAUAAGGAAGUGUUAUUUAUCCCUUCACAUAACCCAUGAACCAGGGGUCACCCAAUGAAAUUAAUAGGCAGCAGAGAUCUACUUAAAUCACAGAGAAAUCACAUAUUUUUCACUGGUUGGUCAGUGCAUAAAAAGCAGAUUUUGUGGAUGUGUUCAUACAGUUGUAUAUUCCAUGCCACCCUUAUUUCAGCACUACUGCUGGCGGAGAUGCCGUCCUCAGAGUGGGGCACCCGGCCGGCAGCUGCCACUCUCUGGCUGCCCAGCUCGGAAAGCUCUCCACUUUGCCUUUGGAGCUGGGCGGCCAGAGAGCAGCAGCUGCUGGCCAGGUGCCCAGAAGGAGGAUGGGGCAUAAACCACUACAGACACAAAGAAGGGGGGAAUGGUCAAAUAAGUUUGAGAACCACUGCCCUAAUGAUUAGUAUCCUCCUUUUGGUCCUAGGUUUAGCCUUGGGAAGAGAAAACCAUUUUUAGCUUGGCUGGCACUAGUAGAGUGUAUUCCCCCAAACAGAUUCCUUAUUGUUUGUGCAAGGACUCAUCUAUGUCAUUGUUUUACCUCUCUUGCUUGGUUCCUUUGACGAUCCCUUUUGAUCUAAUUCCAAAGCAAGUAGCCUAUUGUAACAAACACACAGAAGCAUGCACCAUAUUCAUAAAAAAUAAUAUAGAUAUUCUGCAGUUUGUCAGACACCCUAAUUUGCAUUAGCGCUAUUUACAGCUUCAAAACUAUGUGUAUUUUUCUUUUUAAGGGGCUUUUUAGAAGCAUCUAAAAUGAAACAAUAAAGAUUGCAAAAGAUUUUUAAAUCCACCAUUCUAUUGCUGAGAAAUUAAAAAAAAAAAAAAAAAGAACAGGCCGCUAGGCUUUCUGCACGUCCCAAUAAUAUUUGUACGGUCAGUAACCAAAGCAGGAAACAAUUAACUGGCAAAUCUUAUUCCCAAAGAUAUGACGUACGUGUUUGUACAGCACCUAGUUCGAUGGAGCCCUGGUCCAUGACUGGAGCUCCUAGGCACUACAACAAUACAAAUCAAUAAUAAUAAUGAUAAUGUAUAAUGAUGAUACAAUAUACUGGCUCAGGGAAAUUGGCCUUGGCUCCCCAUCCCUAAUGGUUGGCUCCAGAAAACAUAAAGCCUGCUAUUUGCUAAUAAAAGUAGUUCUGUAGCCCGAGAUGCUAGUGGCUUGUCCUUUUGGUGCUGAAGGGCCUAUGUUUGAGCCCCACUGAAGACCGUGGUAUCUGUAUGCAUGUGGCCAUGUUUGUUAUAAUGAUAAACAAGGCUGAAAUGUAUGUUCUUUAAGAGACACUGGGGUGAAGAAUCACUGUUAGGGAAUUGCCAAAAAUAAACAGUAAAAAAUCCUUGAUAGCCUGCUUUAGCAUGCAAGAGAGAGGGAAGGAGGAAGCCUAAUAGGACCAAAAAGAGAAAUCCUUCACCCAAAGAACCUCAUGGAUGUGUUUGUAUAUGAAUUGAGUAACUAUGUGAAGGGGCCAUAAAGAUAGCAAUAAAAGCAAAAAUCAAGCUAAGCACCCAGACAGGGAAGCAGAAACUCAUAAAAAGAAAAUAAUUAGAGAGGAACUGGAGGACUUUCAGAGAAAAGAAGGGACCAAGUCACUUUGAACUCACUUUGUCCCACUCACUUUGAACUCAACAGGAGUUUUGCCACGGUCUUCAAUAAGAGCAAAACUGGGCCCAUAAAUACCAACUAGAGAGCCAAAACCAACUCAGAGUUUUGAAAGUAGCCAGAAGUGAUCACCAAUGGCACAAACAAGGCUUUGCUGAAAACUGUCCAAAAAGCAGCAAGGAGGAAGAAGCAAGAGAAACCCAAAGCCUUAUGGGAAGAAGCCAAACAGAAAUGGGAAACAAUGGAACAGAAAAGGAGAUUAAGGAUAGCAUAGUGGGGCAAACUGUGUCCUGAUUUAGACUUUGUGCAUCUUCAGUGAACUGAAUGAAGUUGUACAAGGUCUACAACAAGGCAAACCCUAUAGAGAAAAAUAACACACAUAGCAACAUAGGAGAAAGUAAUGCCAUGCACCUCCAAUAGGUGUCAAUCAUCAGAUAGGCGUACAUGAAAAGCAAUGCAAUCCAUUUGGUGAUAUGAACAAGAGGUGUGUUAGGUGAUGUGUGAGACUAGUGUGUGAGAGGCUAAGGAGGAAUAGGUGUGGCAGUGCAAAAAACAGCAUAAUGUGCCCCCCAUUCAAAAAUUAAUAAGUUUAUCCCUGAUAAGGAAUCACUGGAAUAAGCUGUACAUAACUAUUCUCCAUGACCACUUAAAUGUCACCACAGCAGAUGUUGAAUGAGCUGCACCAAGAGAAUGAAAAAUGACAAAGCCCAAUUAAGGUUAGGGUUUUCUCAUAGAUGAUGUCAGGGAACCCAUAUAAAAACCAAGCCAUAUAACCCAUUUGUAUAAUUUCAGUAACAAAGCCCCAGGAAUUAGGAGCACUGCAAUAUGAGUGGACAUUCAGCACAGAAUCAGAACAAGUAUCCUUAUGAACAAAAGAUGGAUCAGGCUGUUGGACUUGAUCCUGCCUCACUAUCUCAGGCAAAGCUUAGAGUUUGAGAACUGCUAGAAUAGAAUAUGGCCCAAUGUUUUUAAUUCCAGGUGAGACAGACAAGGUAGGUGAUUGGAUCACCUUCUGUUGGUGGAAGGGACAAGCUUUCGAGAUUCACAGGUCUUCUUCAGAUCUAAGGAAGGUAACCAGAGAAUAAAUACAGGACAGAUUGUUAAGUGUAGCGGAUUCACACAUGCUGUCGGAGAUCACUUAAAAUGAAGUGGGCAAUUCAGGGUUAGCUGGCAGUAGGGUAUUUUACAAAUUGUUGUAAUGAGCCAUAAAACCAAUGUCUCUGUUAAGUCCCUAGUUUUUAGUGUCUAGCAGAGUUAUGAAUUUAAGCUCCCAGGUUCAUCUUUGGAAGGUGUUGUGCAGGUUUCUGUUGAGGACAAGGACUGAGAGGUCAGAUAUGGAUUGAUCGCUCUGUGAAAAGUGUUCCCCCAGAGGUGAUGUGGUGUUUUUAUCAUUUAUCAUUUUUCUGCGUGAGUCCAUUUCAAAGUGUAGCGAUUGCCUCGUUUCACCCACAUUAGGGCAUUUAGAGCACUGGAUGAGAUACACCACAUGUUGUGAUAGGCAUGUGUAGGACCUAUGGAUCUUGAAAGGUGUUUGUGGGAAGUAUUGAUGAUCAUAAUAGUGGAGAUAUGUCUGCAGGUUUCGCAGAGGUUGGGGGUUUAUUUGAAGGCCAAUUGUCAUUUGUCCAGCUGUCAUUCUGAACCCACUGCUGAUAGCAGCUAUCUUGCUAAGAAAGUACCAUCAUACAAGGCGGUGGCUGGUUGGAAGCUCAGUGGGAGAGACUGAGACAAGGUUCCAUUCUGCUUUAUUAUUUGAUGAACAACCAUUGAAAGGACUUGACUACUUUAAAAUUACACAUUUGGGGUUGGAUUUACUCUGGCUGACACAGGGAAGUGUCAGUUAUACCUUUCUGUGCCAGCUGAUUUUCUCUGCACUGGGGGAGGAAGGGUGAUUCACAUGAAAGAAAGGCCAGCAGUGUUGUUGCCUGGCUGUUCAUAGGUUUACCACCCGGAGCGCCUGCUAACAUUCCUCAUAGCUGCUUUGUCUAUGACCAGUCCCAGACAGUAGUACCCACUGGGGUAGAUACCCCCUCUGGUGAAGGAGAGAUUGAAGCCACUUUCUGUUACCACAACCUCUUCCUGUGGCAAUUUUUUUUAUUGCCAGUUUCCUUAGUUCCACCAAGGCUAAAUCUGGCCCUUUGUUUAAAUACACAAUGCAUUAUUUCAGGUGGCUGAAGUCUGAUUUUGGUUCUUUAGUAAAAUGUCUUUCAGUCUCUAAGUGAGAAUUUAGGAAAAACCACUCCCACAAUGCAAUUUAAAAUUAUCCUGCAGAAAUCUUUUUGACUGAGCUCAAAAUCCAGCCUUCAGUAUGUCCUGAGUUAUGAGGUUGUCCAGACCUCUAAUAGAGGAACAGGGGAGUUUACACCAAAAGGCAUAAACAAGUCAACAAUUAAAAAAACACCAUUUAUCUCCUCCUCCUCCCCAACGUCUUGUUCCAGAGUUCAUUGUGUUCUGUCACUGAAGCAAAGCACUGGAAUAUAAAUUAAAACCCUUUGGGCCAAAUCCUGAAGAUGUUACUCACUUCUUACUCAUUCCUUAGCCAGGCAAAGUGCCCAGUAAGUUUGGGGUUUUUUUCUUGCAUAGAGUCUGAAAAAUAAGGGAGGACUUCAGCCCUGAGCUAUUUGUGAGGCAGAGGCCUGGUCUAGUGGUUUGAGCAGAAAGCCAAAAAAGUACUAAGCUAUAAGCCUGGCUCUGAAACCAAUUCGCUCCAUGUCCUUGGGAGAGUAACUUAAUCUCCCUUUCUCAGUUUCCUCAUCUGAAAAAUAUAUGUAAAACAUUUUGCUUGUCUACACAGCGAGUUAGUGCAUGGCAAGCCAUGGUGGGACACAUGGUGCCUACAGCACACCAACUUGACAUUCACUCACACCCCAUGUGGUCACAGCUCCGGAGUUGCCAUGCACUAUCAUGCUGUGUAGACAAGCCCUUAUUGACAAUAAAUAGCAUCAGCUCAGCAGACAUAAAUAUAAAAUAUAGGUUAUUGGAGAACUUCAUCUAAGCUUAUUAAAACAAAAAUCUGAAAGCAGACAAAAAAGUGUCAAGGCCACACACACUCUGGAGCAAUGCGGGCUGUGGGCCCCAGGAACAGGAGGUUUGCCUACAGAGAAGCUCAGUAGCGCUGGCCACUUACAAACCGCACUGUGCCAAGGGCUAGGGAAGAUCUGAUUAAAGCAGCAUUAGAAAUGGUUAGGGCAGCCCCAGGAGAGGCAGGGCCGAGCCAGCUGGAUGUUGCUUUGAGUCAGCAUUUCUUCCAGACAACCUCCACCAGCAGGGCUAUUACAGAACCCCAACUGGAUCUUAAAGAUGCCAUCCCACAGGAGAACCCUGCAUCCAGGGUGCCCUGCAUCCAGGGUGAGCACCCUCCAUUUCCAGCUCAGGUGGGUGAAUCUGACCCAGGAAUCUUUUCCUAAAAUUAUAUUGCACAGCCAUAUCGUUAUGUAUUUUCCUGUAUUCCACACUCGUGCCCUUUAAUGUUCCAUCUAUCUCCUAUUUUUAGUUUUCAGAGAAGAUGAACGCAAAGUGUAAAAGCUGGAUCUUGGCUGGGAAUGCUCCUAAACAUUGUAGCAUUCACAGUAGGGUUUGUUUUGGUUCAUAAAAAGUUAGGGAUCAUUUGGAUUUCACAUGCAGAUUUACAUUUCAGAUUUCAAACAUGCCUGUACUGUAGUUUGUGGGUAUUUUGAUCUAGGUCUUUAGUUCAGGUCUAUCACUAGUUUUCUAGCUUCUGAUCAUUAGAAAAUUCCAUUGCUGUAAUUUUGCUGUACUCGGAGCUACUGACUGUACAGUGACCUUGUCUUGUCAGUGUCCACCACUGUUUAAAGUUCUUUUGGGCUCCUGCUGGGGACUUCGUUUCUCUCCAAGUUUUCCUUCUCUGCAGGAGAUUCUUCCUGGUUUUAAAGAGUUUUAAACAUCCAUCAUGAAUAAUCUGUGACAUUUCCAAGAAAAGCCUGCCUGCUUCUGACUUCCACGCACACAAAAAACACACAGUGCUCAAGCCUGGAAACCGAAGGGCCAAACAGAAAUUAACUGUCGACCUUUUGAACUGCACUAAUUCUGAAAUGAGAGGGAGUCAGUGAUCUGCUCAAAGAAUCCCUGGUUAAAAAAUCAGUAUUUCAAUAUAUAGAUUGGACAAUAAUUCCUUUUAAAAAUGUUAUUAAAUAUUUGCUCAUACUUAGACAUACAGGGCCAGAGCCUCAGCUGGUGUAAAUCAGCAUAGCUCAGUUGUAAUCAAAAUUAUACCAAUUUAUACCAGCUGACAAUCUGACUCAAUUUAUUCUUAGGCAGGAUCAUAUUCUCCAGUUUGUAUUUCUUGGGAAAGUUCUCAACUGUUGUAGAUCUCUACAUAUUUAGACACUGCCCCUAGCAAAGAAUUCUAAACAUUUCAGCCUCCAGUUCAAAACUUCCCUCCUUAUUCCACAGAUUUUAAUGGCAGAAGGGAUCAUUAUGGUUACCUAGUCUGACUUCCUGCAUAACACAGGCUAUACAAGUUCACACAGUAAUUUCUGAAUCAAAGCCGUAACUGCUGGUUGGGCUACUGCAGCGUGUCUUGUAGAAAAACAUCCAGUCAUGGUUUAAAGACUUCAAGUGCUGGAGAAUAAUUUUCACUUCUGCCACCAGGGCUUCUUCAGGAUUCAAACUCAAACCCACCAAGGCUAUAAGCAAGAUACAAUCUGCUAAGUUAGGCAGUCCUUCACAGACUUACUCCCAUUGCAUCAUAGACUUUGCCUCUCUGGGCCUCUCCCAGGCUCCUCUGCUUAUCCAAUUUGGCCUCCUUUCUUUCUCUUCAGCUCUGGUCAAUUUCACCACUAUCAAUCCUGGAGCCUUCUCCUCUGCAGUUCAUGCUGUGUAGAACAGCCAUGUUAUAUUUCUUUACCUCAUUGGCUCUCCAUCUAAUUUCAGUACUCUUGUUUUUCCUCCCUUAAUAUCUCUCUUCCUUUCUGUUGUAUUUCUAGCUGUAUAAUGUUUACAGAUAACUCCAUAAACCUUGAUGGAUGCAGUUUAUAUGCAAAUGCCAUUCCAUAUUAUUAAUAUUAUUUAUUUGUAUUAUCAUAGCACUUAGGAGCCCCAGUCAUUUACCAGGACUCCAUUGUGCUAGGUCUGUACAAACACAGAACAAAAAGACAGUCCCUACCCCAAAGAGCUAAAAAUCUAAGUGUAAGACAAGAGACAAUAGAUGGAUACAGACAGAUGGGAGAGUACAAGGAAACAAUGAGACAGUAUUGGUCAUCAUGACCGCCAGUGGUCUCAGCAAAGCAGCCGCCUCAUCAUUAUCCAGUUUUUGUAGACAUCACAGCAAAGUAGAGAUGCUAGCUUGGGUGGGGAUAGAUUGUGAUGGGCCUUGAAUGUGAAGAUAAGUAUAAGGACCUGAUGUUUCAUUUCUUAUUGAAGCUAAACUGAUAUAUAUCAUCAGCAACACACACACACACACAAAGUUUAAUGAACUGUAAAAUGGGUAAGUGAAAAAUCAUAGCUUUACAGUAUAUAUACAUAGUACUAUGUAUCAAUAACUGCAGAACACGAGUCUCAAAUUAAAGUAACUUUUUGGCUGUAAAAGAAUGGAUAUCAUCACUUCUUUCUCCGUCAUGGUAAAUUACUCUGGUCACGACUUUAGCAUAUUUUCAGGGCAGUGUGUUUCAGAGGAUAGAAGACAGGACCAGGAGUCAGGACACUUGAGUUUUAUUCCCAUUUUUCUCACUGACGGCCUGUGUUAAUAACUGGGGCAAGCCAGUUCUUUUCUAGGUAGCAGAGUUUCCCCAUCUGUAAAGUGGGGAGAAUAUUGCUUACAAACCUUUGAAAAACAGUUUGAGAUCUUGGGAAGAAAAACACUGCAUAAAUGCUAAGCAUUAUUAUUUUAGUUUCUAAUUCAGGAAAGCAUUUUAAUAUGUGCUUAACUCCCACUGAAUCAAUGGAACUUUAAGAUAUGCAUAAAGUUAAGCAUGCGCUGAAGUGCCCUUUCUGAAGAGGUAUGUUGUCCUGAAUCCUGCAAUUACGCAUUUUUAAACAAAUAAUUUUACAAAUGUAUUGACAAAAGUAGAGUUAAGGUGAGAAAAGUGGUAUAUUAGCAAUUCUCAGUGUAUUGAACGUCACAGUCUGGGUUUUAUUCUAAUGAAUAGAAGUGAAGUGCUCUUCAAAGAUCCUUGGACAAUGUGGAGUUUGAAGCAGCUGAACAUUGUCAUCAGAAAAUCAAACUCUGCUCUCAGAGCCAGAGCUCUUCCCCCAGGCUCUCCUCCCCCCCCCCACCCCCCAUAUUUGUAUAUAGUCAGAGAGGAGAGUCAGGCUUAGUUUGUUCAUAAACUCCAGUUCCUGGGCGGACCCCACACACAGCUGGAUUUGAAACAGCUGGAUCCGCCUUCCCUGCAAGUUUAGCCAGGAGCCUCACAAGCCUGGGAGCUUUGGGUUGGGAGCAAAAUAAUCACAGACUGGCUGCACUGGUGGAGGAUGAAUUGAUCAAAACUGUGAAGCUGGGUUUCCAGUUGCUGGCAGGAUACAGAAAAUGGGUUACUGGAAGAGGCUGGGUCUGAUUUCUCUACUGCUGCUGUCCUUCUCAUGUUCUGCCGGGGCACGAAGAAAUCUGAAGACCAACUUGUGUAAAUGGUGUGACUCCACCUCCCCAGUGUGUGGGGAAAAGGUGUGCUACAGCAACUGUCAUCUGAACUCCUAUUGUGAGAGUCCAUAUGAAAUCUGUGUGGCCAUAUGGAAGCAAGACAAUGACAGCAUUAAGAUCAGCACUCUGUGCCACAACCCACAGCUCCCAGUAGAAAAUGUAAUGGUUCCAAAUUACAACACCUCACGGUGCAUCAUGACCCAUCAGUCUAGUGAGGAAGGAAUAUUUUACAUCUGUGGUUGUGUGGAUGAACAGGAAUGCAACGAUAAACUCAUAUUUGAAAACCACACCAAUGGAUACUCCAUGCUGCAGAGCAAAGAGGUCAUUCCUGUAGCAGCAAUAAGCCUGCUCCCCCCUCUGCUCGUGGCUGUCAUGAUAACGGUGAUAUUUUACCUCUGCCGCACCCAGAAGCGGAGAAAGAGAGCCAAGGACUGGGGUCAGAAGCACACACAGCACCAGGCUUUGCCCAAGCCAGGAAAAGCUGCUGAGGACGAUGAAAAAUUAUCUGUGAUGACAGAUGACAAUCACUCCAGCAUGAACUUCACCUGCGCCAACAGCAUCAACCAUAACACCGAGCUGCUGCCCAUUGAGCUGGAUGAGAUAGUGGGGAAAGGCCAGUUUGCCGAGGUCUGGAGGGCCAAGCUGAACCACACCACUUCGGGGCAAUACGAGACAGUAGCUGUUAAGAUUUUCCCAUGCGAGGAAUAUUCCUCUUGGAAAAACGAAAGCCAGAUCUUUACAGAUGCCAGCCUCAAGCAUGAGAGCGUCCUUCAGUUCCUUACAGCAGAGGACAGAGGGUCUGGGCCCCGGAAGGAAUACUGGCUCAUCACUGCCUACCAUAGCAGGGGCAACCUGAAGGACUAUCUGUCCCGACACAUUCUGAGCUGGAUAGACUUACAAAAAAUGGCCAGCUCCCUGGUGAACGGCGUGGCCCACCUGCACAGCGACUACACUGCCUGUGGCAGGCCAAAGAUCCCAAUCGCUCACCGGGAUAUCAAAAGCACCAACAUCCUGGUGAAGAGCGAGUGGGAGUGCGUGAUUUGUGAUUUCGGCAUUGCUCUAAAGCUAGAUCCUUCCUUAACAGCGGAUGACUUUGCUAACAGUGGGCAGGUUGGCACUGCCAGGUACAUGGCUCCUGAGGUUCUAGAGUCUAGAGUGAAUCUGGAAGACCUGGAGUCCUUCAAACAAAUGGACGUCUACUCCAUGGCCCUGGUUUUAUGGGAAAUGGCCUCCAGGUGUGAGGUUGUAGGAGAGAUAAAAAGUUACGAGCUACCUUUUGGGUCGAAAGUCCAGGAGCAACCCUGUGUGGAUACCAUGAGAGACAUUGUGCUGCACGGCAGAGGGCGCCCAGAGAUACCUUGCAACUGGCUAGUGCAUCAGGGAAUGCACUUUCUGUGCGACACCAUCACAGAGUGUUGGGACCAUGACCCCGAGGCUCGCCUUACAGCCCAUUGUGUGGCGGAACGGUUCAAUCUGAUGGCACAAAUGGACUGUGAUGACAUCCUCAACAACAAUACAGACAAUGAAGGCAGCAAAACAGCCCCUCUAAGUGGGGACAGUGACGGGAAUAGAAAUACCCAGUAACAGGAAGAAAUGAAACAAGGAGAUAAAAGACAAACACGUGGCUCUAAAAAAUAAACAGACCUCAAUUCAUUUUCCUAAAAUGAACUAAGAGCUAGUUUAUAACUUAUUUAUCGGACCUUUCACCCCAUAAGUACAAUGCAAAGAGCCCUGGGAUCAAUACUUUGGCUAAAGUGCCACAUUGUUUAGAAAUUUAUUAUUUUGUACUUAAGUGUACAAUGUUAAUACAUUUUCUUUAUUAUUUUAAAAUUAAUGUUUAACCUUUAUUAAUAAGCACCUGGAUUCCACCUCUAUUCCUUUAAGUUUAUUUUUUUCAUGUUCAUUCUUGCACCACUGAGCUUUACCCCUAAUUUUCUAGCCUUUCAAACCUCAGGUGUUAGACAGGAGCUCAUUAAAACAGGCAUUGUCUCCGAUUACCCAUUGAGAGAUCAGCCAGCCCUUUUCAUAUUGCAAGGAGAUACCUGAAAUAAGAUUAGCAAAAGCCUGAUUGGCUUUAACACCAACGCAUCUUUUUCCAAUGUAUAAUUCCUGGGAAUACUUGACUUUUCCAGCUGUGUGUUAAGAGUACAAAGUUACUUGGCUAAAAAAACGAACAAGAACAACUCAGAGAAUGUGGUUCAACUCUAAAUAGCACUUAUGCAGAAUGUCAGCUAAGUAUUAAUUUCAAGUCACAUGUCUCCUGACUCCCAGCUAUCUUCUAAAUCAAACUUAAGAAGAUAUAUUGUAACAGCACGUGCACUUUAAUAGUGAUAUCGGCAAGAUGACUGGGGAGAAGGUCUAGUUCAUCACAUAGAUGGUUUCCAUCUCCACCUUCUGUGAUCUAAGAGUCAAGUGGCAAAUGACAUGAAGGUUGGUGGGGCUUGGACCUUCCUUUCCAAUUACAGCAAUACUGUGUUGGGCUCCUCCCCUCUACUGGAAAGGCUCUUAGCUGAAUGGCAGAAGAUAAGGUAAGUCACGCCCGACUUCCAAACCUCUUCAUUGACCCAAACCCUGCUCCUCUCCUCCACACACACACUCCCAUGCACAGCAAGGACUGAAAGACAAUGAGAAGAGUGUGGCUCUGCUGUGCAAGGAAGCCUGCAAGCUCCAGCACGAUGAAGUCAUCUCCACGAAGGCAAUGUAUGGGGUGGCAUUCAGAGGGGCACGUUGCCCAUAAGUCUGCAACUGCAUGGAUCUACCGUACAGGUUCAUCACUUAAACCUUAACUGUCAUCACACAGUCUUCUGCUCCAUCCAUGCCUUCUCAGUAGCUGACAGAGACCCUUAAGAAGGCAGCUUUUCACCUCCAAAAUGCUGAGGGAUCACACCCCCCAUGUGAGUUAGGCACAGCUCCUCUCACCUCAUGGGCAGAUGAGAGAGGCAUCAAGUUUUAAAGAAACUGCCUUAGGGCAAACUCCAAAUCUUUGAAGAACAGCAGUGCAGAGAUGCUCACAUGCUCUGUUAAACUGUCUGGAAGGAGACUUCUGUUCCAGGAGUUGCUUUCCUCAGACUCAAAACACUGAUUUACGUGUUCCUUGCCUAUCCUCAUUUUAUCAGGAGUGCAGAUUAUAUUCAGACAUCUGUGAGUCAGAGUAAUUGGGGCAACACAAACACGAAGGAUAAAAAGAGCUGAGAUGGCAUCUCCAGUUCAAAACCAGCAAAUUGGCGAGUUAUGUUAAGGGAAAAUGGAAUCCUGGGAUAAUGAGCAACAUUCUUAUUAAAGGGAUCCCAUUAUUAAAUGUAAAGAAAAUUUAAAGAAUCAAAGUGUAAAAUAUGUUUAGAUACAGCAACAGAAAAGUUAACAUUUAUGUUAAGUAUUUUAUGUUGUACAUUCUAAUUUGGUUUGUGCUUUGGAGACAUAAUAAAAAAGUUAGUUUAGAUUGUACAAAUUGUACUUUUGCUUCAAAACCUCAUGUUGUGUUUCUAGAUACAUAGUCUGGCUUUUCUGCAAUACUAUAGCCCCGUGCAGGUUUGUGAUCUUACACAAUCUUGAUUGUUUCUGCCAUGUACAUGUGGCAUCUUCUGUACUCCGUAAUAAACAAAUAUGUCAUCUAACAACAGGA